AUGGAGGGUGGUCUAACUAGGCAGGGUGGACUUGCUCUGGAGGGUGGUUUAACUAGGCAGGAUGAAAUUACUAUGGAGGGUGGUCUAACUAGGGAGGGUGAACUUACUACGGAGGGUGAACUUACUACGGAGGGUGGACUUACUACGGAGGGUGGUUUAACUAGGCAGGGUGGACUUACUACGGAGGGUGGUCUAACUAGGCAGGGUGAACUUACUACGGAGGGUGGUCUAACUAGGCAGGGUGAACUUACUAUGGAGGGUGGUCUAACUAGGGAGGAUGGACUUACUAUGGAGGGUGCUCUAAGUAGGGAGGAUGGACUUACUAUGGAGGGUGGUCUAACUAGGGAGGGUGGACUUACUAUGGAGGGUGGUCUAACUAGGCAGGGUGGACUUGCUCUGGAGGGUGGUUUAACUAGGGAGGAUGGACUUACUACGGAGGGUGGUUUAACUAGGGAGGAUGGACUUACUAUGGAGGGUGGUCUAACUAGGCAGGGUGGACUUACUACGGAGGGUGGUUUAACUAGGGAGGAUGGACUUACUACGGAGGGUGGUUUAACUAGGGAGGAUGGACUUACUAUGGAGGGUGGUCUAACUAGGCAGGGUGGACUUACUAUGGAGGGUGGUCUAAGUAGGGAGGAUGGACUUACUAUGGAGGGUGGUCUUACUAUGGAGGGUGGUCUAACUAGGCAAGGUGGACUUACUACGGAGGGUGGUUUAACUAGGGAGGAUGGACUUACUAUGGAGGGUGGUCUAACUAGGCAGGGUGGACUUACUAUGGAGAGUGGUCUAAGUAGGGAGGAUGGACUUACUAUGGAGGGUGGUCUAACUAUGCAGGGUGGACUUACUACGGAGGGUGGUCUAACUAGGCAGGGUGAACUUACUACGGAGGGUGGACUUACUACGGAGGGUGGUUUAACUAGGCAGGGUGGACUUGCUCUGGAGGGUGGUUUAACUAGGCAGGAUGAAAUUACUAUGGAGGGUGGUCUAAGUAGGGAGGAUGGACUUACUAUGGAGGGUGGUUUAACUAGGGAGGAUGGACUUACUAUGGAGGGUGGUCUAACUAGGCAGGGUGGUCUAACUAGGCAGGGUGAACUUACUAUGGAGGGUGGUCUAACUAGGCAGGGUGGUCUAACUAGGCAGGGUGGUCUAACUAGGCAGGGUGGACUUACUACGGAGGGUGGUCUAACUAGGCAGGGUGAACUUACUAUGGAGGGUGGUCUAACUAGGGAGGGUGGACUUACUAUGGAGGGUGGUCUAACUAGGGAGGAUGGACUUACUAUGGAGGGUGGUCUAAGUAGGGAGGAUGGACUUACUAUGGAGGGUGGUCUAACUAGGCAGGGUGGACUUACUACGGAGGGUGGCUCUAACUAG